AUGCGCCGUGUGGGGACCCAGGCGCCUGCGCGCUGGGGGGGCUGUUUUGGCGGGCGGCGGGCGUUGCGCAGAAGCGGCGUCUGCUCUGAGGGCCUGCGAGAAGGGGGAGUCGGUGCCGUGCCGGACCCGCUUCGUACCCAGGAAUUGGGUGGCCUUGGUGCAUUAGGUGGAACUUCCUGCGCUAUGGGAAAGAAAACCAAGAGGACAGCAGAUAGUUCGUCCUCUGAAGAUGAGGAGGAGUAUGUUGUGGAGAAGGUGCUAGACAGGCGUGUUGUGAAGGGUCAAGUGGAGUAUCUUCUCAAGUGGAAAGGAUUCUCUGAGGAACACAACACUUGGGAACCCGAGAAGAAUCUGGACUGCCCCGAGCUGAUUUCUGAGUUUAUGAAAAAAUAUAAAAAAAUGAAGGAGGGUGAGAACAACAAAUCAAGAGAGAAAUCCGAAAGCACAAAGAGGAAAUCCAGCCUCUCCAACAGCGCCGAGGACAUCAAAACCAAAAAGAAGAGGGAGAGCAACGAUAUUGCCAGGGGCUUUGAAAGAGGAUUAGAGCCAGAAAAGAUCAUCGGUGCCACAGACUCCUGUGGAGAUUUAAUGUUCUUAAUGAAAUGGAAAGACACAGAUGAAGCAGACCUGGUCCUAGCAAAGGAAGCCAAUGUGAAAUGCCCGCAGAUUGUGAUAGCGUUUUAUGAGGAGAGACUGACCUGGCACGCGUAUCCAGAGGACACGGAAAACAAAGAGAGAGAAGCAGCGAAAAGCUAAAGCGCCGUCCUGGGCCAUCCUUAGCUGUACAUACACAUCCCCCCGACCCGACCACAUCCAUUGAAAUGUGCUUAUUACUGUGCUCCCAGGAGAAACCUUGUUAUUGGUUCAGUCAUAACAUAAAUGGUUUGCUUC